AUCCUCCAAUUCAACAAAUAACACCGGCAAAAGCUCUACACCUGUAUCAUUCCCUACAGGUAUACAAACGUCAAAAAAACGUUGCCAUGCCAACGAUUGCGCCGCAAACAUAACAAUAUAUUGAUAUUUAUUGAUAAUCGCAGAUCCUGUACGAACGAAAUAAUCAAACCUGCUAAAAUGUUUAUCUAUUUAAGUAAAAAGAUUGCUAUACCUAACAACACAAAAUUAUACAGCAUCGCAUGGAAUAGAGAAGAUGGAUACAUCGCGGUCGGUGGCGAAGAUGGCUUACUAAAGGUGUUGAAAUUGGACGCGGGUACAGAUGCCGAAGGUGGAAGUAAAACCAGAGGUCUAGCAGCAGCUAGCAACCUCUCAAUGAAUCAAACCCUUGAAGGGCAUGCGGAUAGUAUCAAAGUAAUCACAUGGAAUGAAACCCACAAGAAACUCACCACGUCUGAUCAGAAUGGCGUCAUCAUCGUGUGGAUGCUGUACAAAGGUGCCUGGUAUGAAGAGAUGAUCAACAAUCGGAAGAAGUCAACAGUGGUUGGCAUGGCAUGGAGCUAUGACGGUUUGAGAAUUUGUAUUAUUUAUGAAGACGGAGCGGUUAUAGUUGGUUCCGUGGAUGGGAACCGUAUUUGGGGAAAGGAAUUAAAAGGAGUUCAACUUGCCGGAGUGCAAUGGUCACCAGAUGCAAAACUUUUGUUGUUUUGCUUACAAAAUGGCCAAGUGCAUUUGUAUGAUAACCAGGGUAAUUUUGUUAUGCGUUUAGAGAUACAAACACAAGAACCAAACAUGAGUGUAUCCAUUGUUGGUUUGGAUUGGUACAAUGGAAGAAAUGGUUACAUGCACGCCUUGUGUCCAUGUUUAGCAAUUUGUUACGAAAACGGACGAAUGCAACUGAUGAGCAGCGAAACAGAUCCAAAUCCGGUGAUUGUAGAUACACUAAUGUCAGCAGUCUACUGCAGUUGGAAUCACAAUGGCACCUUGUUAGCAGUUGCUGGAAGACAGCUGGAUAAUGACAAGGAAUCGAAUGUCGUGCAGUUCUAUAGCCCCUUCGGGGAUCAUCUCCGGACAUUAAAAGUGCCUGGUUACUCGAUAUCCUGUUGUGUCUGGGAGGGUGGUUCUUUGCGUGUUGCUCUCGCAAUUGAUUCCUACGUCUACUUCGCCAAUAUCCGCCCGGACUACAAGUGGUGUUAUUUCAAGAAGACAAUUGUCUACACGUCUUGCCGUCCGCAGAAAGCCGGAGUGUGUGUUUCCUUCUGGGAUACAACAAACAAUCAAUGCCAGACGAAAUACGUUCCUGUUUUACUGGGGAUUGCGGCGUUUGGUGAUCACUGCGUGUUGGUAACCAAAAAUGAUCAGGACGAUGCAAUGGGCCAAUACGGAUUAUUGUUGUUUAAUACAUUAGGCACAUUAAUCGAUGGUAACUACGUUGAUAUCGAGCCGCUCUUCGUGACGAUCAAUUCCACCCAUGUGAUCGCUGCCGAUAAGAAUAAUUUCAUAGUUUGGCAGUACAAAACACCCAAGACCUACGGGAUUCUAAAAAAUCGAAUGAAAUGCCGCAUCUACCACGUCGACGAUAAUCCAUCGGGAGCGGUGGAAGUAAUUCACGAUUUGGAACAAACUGCUGAAAUAACUAUUAGCACACAUGCGACCACAGAUCCAAUUUGUGCGAUUGCGGCGAGCGAUCGUGCAUUGAUCAUUGGCAGGGAGUCGGGAUCGCUGCAGCAUUACGCGUUGCCGCAUUCGGCGCUCUGUAAUCGUUAUAAGCUUGCAUCGCGGCCGCACAAAAUUGCUAUUAACUGCAAUUCCACGCGGUUGUCGAUAAUCGACGUGUCGGGAGUUAUGACGGUAAUGGACAUUUCGGAAAACAGCUUGCGCAUGAAUCAGGGCGAAUCGGGUAAACUGGAGCGCAAAGACGUGUGGGCGAUGUGCUGGGCGAGUGACAAUCCGCAAUCGCUCGCCAUCAUGGAGAAAACCCGCAUGUAUGUCUUCAAAGGCAAUAAUCCCGAGGAGCCGAUAUCGAGCUCCGGCUACAUUUGCAACUUCAACGAUCUGGAAAUCGAGGCGGUGCUGCUGGACGAAGUGAUGGAGCAGCCGGAGAAACCCUCCAAAGACCACCUACUCAAAUUGGAAGUGAAAAGUUUGCGGGACACGCGCAUGUUGCUCGAAAAAGUUGGCAUCGCCGAAACGGCGCAGUUCAUUGAGGAUAAUCCGCAUCCGCGACUAUGGCGCCUGCUCGCCGAGGCUGCACUCAAGGAAGUCAACUUGCCCGUCGCCGAGGCGGCUUUCAUACGGUCAUUGGAUUAUCGCGGCAUUUCGUUCGUCAAGAAGUUGCACGGCAUUAGCAAUGUGGCAAUUAGGAAGGCCUAUAUUGCGACCUAUUUCAAGCAAUUCGACGAAUCCGAAAAAUUGUAUAUUGAUUCGGACCGACGGGAUUUGGCGUUGAUUCUGCGUCAAACUUUGGGCGAUUGGUUUCGGGUGAUUCAAAUAAUGAAAAAUGGAGUCUCCGCGCCAGAUCUCGUCCUGGAAAUGGCGUACAAUUCCACAGCCGACUACUUUGCGCAGUUUAACAAUUGGUCCGCCGCCGUGGAGUAUUACGAGCUGGCAAAAAAUCGCGGCGAGAUGAUCGAAUGCUAUUAUCACCUGGAAGAUUACGCUGCAUUGGAGAACAUGAUUGAAUCGUUGCCGGACGGCGAUCCGUUGCUGCAAAAUAUCGCCGACAUGUUUGCCGCGGAUGCUGUAUACUCAGUGGCUGUUAAAGCACUUAUCAGGUUGGGAAACAUCAAAGCCGCGGUAGACUUGUGCAUUUUGCACAAUAAAUGGGACCAGGCAAUCGAAUUAGCCAAAGAAUACGACCUGCCGCAGAUAAGCGUGCUAUUCAAAAAGUACACAUCGCAUCUGGUCGAGCGCAACAUGCUCGCAAGCGCCGUGGAAAUCAACGUGCAGGCGAAGCAUUUCGCAAGCGCCGCAGAGCUGGCUUUCAAAUUAGCGAGGCAGGAAGCUAAGCGCUCGCAACGAAAUUUGAUCAAAGUGAAGAAACUAUUCGUGUAUGCCGCUUUGCUUGCAGGCAAUAACACAUCUGAAAGCAAUCUACAUUACAUGGAUAACGUCUGGAAGGGUGCUGAAGCAUAUCAUUACUUCCUGCUGGCGCACGAACAGCUCUAUUCGAACAAACUCCGCGAUGCCAUGAACACCGCCUUCAAACUACAAGAGUAUGCCAGCUAUCUAGACGAAAUGGAAAUUUACAAACUUUUGGCGUUAAUUGCAUGUCAGUAUCAAGCGUUCGGUGUUUGUUCGACGGCAUUCAUUAAAUUAAAAUCGCUCGAGUUUACGGAAAACGAACUGGCGGAAAUUAAUAAACUUACCUACGAGAUAUUUCUGAUUCACGAGCCGAACGACGACGAUUUCAAGAAGAAACGAUGCGGCACUUGUCACGAAAGUUUAUACGAAUGGAGCACAGCAUGUCCGACUUGCAACAGCACAUUUCCGACGUGCGUCAUUUCCGGGGAACCGUUGCUGGAAAAAUCAUCGAAUCACUGGAUUUGCAAAGUUUGUCACCAUGUUGCACUCGAGCAAUACAUGAACUUUCGUAAGGUCUGUGCACUUUGCCAUGCACACGUUUGAAAAGCGUUGAUUAUUAAAAAUUAUUUAUUUCUAAAAAAUAAAUAGAAACAAAACAAUGAAUAAAA